GCGUUUAUGUCACCUGAUUGAACACACCCUAGUCACGUGACACCACAGGCCUCACGCUCUAAUUGGUGGUGAAGAGAGUUGGUUACGUUACAAUUAUUUUGCACAAUUAGGUUGAAGUCGAGUUUUUUCUUCUCUUCUGCUUCAUCUAAACGAGCAAUGUCAGCCUAUCCUAAAAAUUACAACCCCUUUGCAGAUGAUGAUGAUGUACCAGAUGUUGCAGGUUUUGGGAAAAGUUCUGGCUGGAAUGACCCAUCAGAGGAAAGACGCUCGGAGGCAGAAGAGCGUCAGAGACGCCUGCACCAAGAAGUGAUGCAUACAGCACAGUCAGCCCUUGACAGCUCUAACCGAUCAGUUUCUCUCAUUUAUGACUCUGAGAAGACGGGUGCUGAGACAGCAGAGGAGCUGAUGCGUCAAGGUGAGGCCCUGAAACGAACAGAAAAGAUGCUGGACAAUAUGGACCAAAGCCUGAACGUUAGCCAGAGGCACAUGAACAAUAUAAAAAGUGUGUUUGGAGGAAUUGUAAAUUAUUUUAAAAGUAAACCAGAACCUAAACCUGAACCAGCACAAUCACAACAAUACAAAGCAAAUCCGAAACUUGAAGAAGCAUUUUCCCAGAGUAAAGGUCAAGAAGAAAGAUAUCAAGCAAGCCACCCAAAUCUGAGAAAAAUUGACACAUCGGGCUUUGGUGCUGGAGACAUUGAAGCCUCUCAAGAAAGGAAUGGAUAUUCCAAAAAUAAGCAACUGUCUGAUGUUCACAAGCAACUUGACAGAAACUUAGAUGACAUGUCUGCUGGUUUGUCCCGCUUGAAGAAUCUUGGCCUAGGACUGGAGAAUGAAAUAGAUGAUCAGGACCUCAUAAUUGACAGAAUAACAGGAAAAGCAGAUCACUUAGAUUGCAGAAUCACAUCUACAAACCGACAACUAAAAAAGCUUUAACAGACAUUACUGUGUCAUUGGUUUGUUAAUAUGAAGUUAACUUUUUUUAACCUGUCAGUGGUAAUAAAAAGUGAAUAUAAAGCACUUUUAUUACUCCAUCUUACUGAACACAAUUUACAAUCCAAAAUGGACAACUGUGCAAAUUGGUUAUAAUGCAGGUAUAGCUAUUCCAAGUCAUUGUGUGAUAAUUCAUACCCUUUGCCUACAUUUCAAAAAUAAUCCCAUUGUUUCUAAAAGCUUUUUGGAUAUUUGUUCAGGGUGAUGUCUAAAGGCAUAAUGAUUUGUUUCACAGUAUUGCUCAUUGAUGGCUGUUUUUAUUGUAUAGUAUGCAUUUUAAUUGAAAUGUGAGUGGUGCCAAUAUUAUUUGAGAUAAAUAAUACUUUUUUUCUAAAUAUGGAAAACGUACAUAGCUAGCAUAACAAAUGUACAUGCAGCCUAGAAGAUUUAUUUUGUUGUUUUUAAUUAUACUUUUAAAAAGCUUAUAAAAUGAGAACCUGAUUUUGUUUGCACAUAGUCACUACAAAUUUAAGGAUGUGCAUUUAUUUAUUUUUUCUUGAGUAAAAUGUAUAUACUAUACUUCAGAUUAUGAAGACAUUUGUAUUGUAAUGGGUCAUCUUACAAUCACAUCAAAGCCCAGCUGGAUGUGUACACUCUAUCCAGUAGUGUGUAUGUAAACUUUGUGUUAUGUUGCUACAUCGAAGUUGUAUUCUUUCACCACAACCUUGUUCAAUAAAGUUUUCUGAAUUAAGUUAUGCAGGAUACAUACACAGUUACAAAUA